UGGAGCCUAUUACAAUCCCAUCUCCACCAGUUGUCACACAUUCUGGUUUGCUAACUAUCACAAUCUAAUUUGCUGCAUUUAGAUGUAUUGUUGAUACUAUUAUGAGUUUAUUUUCUUAUAAUGUUAGGUUUCAUAUAACAAAGUUAGAAUUCAAUCAGUUUUUGUGUCUAACAUCUUUGGCUGCAGAUGUGGAUGUGCACACCUCAUCUCGAUCAACAACUGCAGAUGUGGAUGUGGAUGCACCUGAAGGUUCAAAUGUACGCAGGAGUACUUAUGGACAACGUGCUCGGAAGGUGAAGAAACAUGCUAAGGAAAGAUUGACUGUGGAGUUCAAUUUUACUCUUAUGCAAGCUAUUUGUGACAACGCAGAGAUGUUUAAUAAUGAAAUUGGAUACAUUGUACGUAAGAAUUGUAGUUUUCAAUAUAAAGAGUGGAGAUGUGUACCUUCGACAGUUAGGGCAUCGCUUCGUCACAAACUUCUUACUGUUUUUGAUAUCAACAUUGAGGAUAAAAAUAUCCAAAAGGUUAUCGAUAAACAAAUGCAACGAGUUUGGAGAGGCCACAAAUAUAAGCUAUAUCCUUACUUCAAAGAAAUUGGAGGAGAGAAAGAUCCAAUUAAGGCCAAAAGUAAGCGCCAUGAGGAAGUGAGCCAAGAUGAUUGGGAUUACCUUUGUGAUCUUUGA